UACAGUCUUUUGAUUUACUUUUCCUCCAUUCCUUUUUAUUGUAAGGACACUUUCCUAUUAGCCCCCAUUUUAUAAUUUCACCCCCAAUUUUCAGACCCAAAAAUAUUUGACACAAACACACACGAUCUUCGUUCAACCAGACCAGAGAGCUUCAACAAUUUCAAUUCUCCGUGGACGAUCCAUCCAGGCGAGUCUUGGAAAUACAAUGGGGGGUUCGAUGAAUGAGAACUCAGACGAUUCAGAGAUGAGUGAUGGUGAAGUGGAUGAGUUUCUUGAGAAAUCUUACGAAGACCUAAAGAAUGGUAAACAUCAGGUGAAACUUUCAGAUGAGACUUUCAAUUGCCCUUAUUGCCCGAAGAAGAAGAAGCAAGGAUAUCAUUAUAAGGAUAUACUCCAACAUGCUACUGGGAUUGGAAAGAGUACAUCUGAUAAAAGAAGUGCACAAGUAAAGGGUAGUCACUUGGCUUUAGCAAAAUUUUUGGAAACAAAUCUAGCUACUGGAGCUAGUCCUUCCAAUUCCAAACCCACUGGACAAACUGCUGUUGAUGUAAAUAAUUGUGACAAUGGUGUCAAGUUUGUGUGGCCUUGGACAGGGAUAGUGGUUAAUCUUCCCACUAGACAGGCUGAUGAUGGGAGAUAUGUUGGAGAAAGUGGAUCCAAACUGAGGGAUGAGUUGUGUCGGCGAGGGUUUAAUGCCUUAAGAGUACGUCCUUUGUGGAAUUACCGAGGUCAUUCUGGGACUGCUUUAGUUGAGUUUAAUAAAGGCUGGCCUGGUUUGGAAAAUGCUCUAUCAUUUGAGCGAGCUUAUGAGAGUGAUAAGCAUGGGAGAAAGGAAUGGUUAGCCGAUAAUGAUCAAAAAUCUGGCCUCUAUGGCUGGGUUGCACGUGAAGAGGAUUAUAAAUUGACAAACAUAGUAGGGGAGCACUUAAGGAAGAUUGGAGACCUUAAAACCAUUUCUGACAUUAUGAUGGAAGAGGAUAUCAAACAGUCUAGACUUAUAUCUAAUCUUACACAGAUCAUUGAGAUGAAAAACGAACAUAAGAAUGAAAUAAGAUUGAAGUGUGCUGAAACCACUGCAUCUCUUACCCUUUUGGAGGAAGAGAAAGAUAAGCUGCUUCAAACUUAUAAUGAAGAGAUUAGAAAGAUUCAAUCAAGCUCACGAGAUCACCUUCAGAAAAUUUUUAACGACCAUGAAAAAGUUAAGGCUCAAUUGGAAUCUCAGAAAAAGGAGCUCGAGUUUCGUCGCACAGAAUUGGAGAAGCGUGAUGCAAAUAACGAUAUUGAAAGGAAAAAGCUCACUGAGGAGAUAGAAAAGAAUGCAAUAAAGAAUAGCUCUCUUGAAAUGGCUGCUUUGGCACAACAAAAGGCUGAUGAAAAUGUGACUAAACUGGCUGAUGAUCAGAAGAGGAAAAAGGAAGAGCUUCACAAUAGAAUAAUUGAACUAGAAAAGAAGCUUGACGCAAAGCAAGCACUUGUAUUAGAAAUUGAAGGACUAAGAGGCAAAUUGAAUGUUAUGAAACACAUGGGAGAUGACGAUCUGGAAGUUCUAGGGAAGGUGGAAGCAAUACACAAAGUUCUGAGAGAAAAGGAAGGAGAGUAUGAAGAUUUAGAAGCUUUGAAUCAAACUUUAAUUAUUAAAGAGCGCAAGUGCAAUGAUGAGCUUCAGGAAGCUCGUAAAGAAAUGAUAAGUGGCUUGAAAGAACUACCAGGCCGAGCAUUAAUUGGUGUUAAAAGAAUGGGAGAAUUAGAUAGCAAACCAUUUCUGGAAGCAAUGAAGAGAAAGUAUAAUGAGGAAGAAGCUGAGGACAGGGCUAUGGAGCUGUGCUCACUAUGGGAAGAAUAUCUUAAGGACCCUGACUGGCAUCCUUUUCAAGUUAAAUUGAUUGAUGGGAAUCAUCAGGAGCUGAUCAAUGAGGAGGAUGAAAAAUUGAAAGGUCUGAAAAAGGAAUUGGGUGACGAAGUUUUCAAAGCUGUAAAAUCAGCUUUGGUUGAGAUAAAUGAAUACAACCCUAGUGGGAGGUAUAUAACCUCAGAACUUUGGAACUAUAGAGAAGGAAGGCGGGCUACUCUGAGGGAGGGGGUUGAACAAAUGCUUAAAAUGUGGAGAUCAAAGAAACGCCUGAAAGAAGACGAGUGAAGAUGACAUAAUUAAUGUUGUUGAAUGCUGGUGGAAGAAGAAAGACGUGUAGCCGGGCAGUCUUCAUGUCGUCUGGGGGAACGUAUUUUUGUGUUCUGGCAUCUAUUUUCUGUAUAGCAUAUUAAGUGCAGAUUUUUGAAUCUGUAGAACUGAAUAUGUGCCAACAUUUUCUCAAUCCUGCCUGUAUGUGCAGGAAUAAACGUGGUUGGAAAACCUAUUUCACCAUCAACUCAUUAGCGCAAUCUGAAAUUUUAGAGUAA